AUGGCCCAAUUGCCCGCUAACGACCGUCUGCAUGGUCCGCAUAGCCUGACCGCGGCAGCCCGGAAACUCAAUUGGCCAGUCGUGGAGCUUCCCCAACCACCUUUCAGCUGCAAUCGCCCUUCCCGGCCUUUUGUUUCCAGGGUUCUCAGGCCGGCGGCUGCUGGUGAGGCCUUACGAAAAUCAGCAAUUGACCACUUCUCACACCAAUACGGGGACCCAAGACUGGGUCUCACACAUCGUGGAACACCUCCAUUGGACUAUCUGUCUGCAAUCGCCGCACAACUCAUGCAAGUUGACGGUCGCACAUGCAAAAUGAGGCUGGCUGGCGGCUUUGCUUUUUCCAGGGAGGCCGGCGACGUGGCCAAGGCAAAGUACCCUCCCUACCUUACGGAUCCCGCCCGCAGCGCCCGAGUGGGUCUUCAAACCAUUGAUGGAUCUUGA